ACUUGAGAAUAUAAGCUGCUCUGACAAGACUUGUUCUACCCUCGGGAUUUGAAGGAGGAGUAACAGCAUAAGAAGGCGGGUUUAUGGGACCAAAUACCAGAUUGAAUCUGCAACAUAAAAUAUUUAUCAGAAAAUGUUAUGUUAGAGCACUUGAGCAGCAGAUACAUAUUUUGGGGACUGGUCAGACGCCAUGUGGCACGGAUCAUGAAACGUCCACGAUUCUUUGAACAACAGCACCAAAAUGUCAUGAUGGACCGAACUGUACCGGUAUAAAAACAAGUACACGGUAUUAAAUUUUUUUUUAGAGUAACCCUCCCCUGCUCCAUCGUUCUCCCCUCAAAAUCUCCUGCUGUGUCAAGUUUCCACCCACCAUCUCUGGUCUCUGCCCUCUCUGCACUCGGUGAAAACCCAAACGCAGCCACACAAGCCCUAAAACAGCGACCUCUCCUCUCCCUUCUACCAUCCCCUCGCCUCAUCUUCCAUCUCCAGCACUUCCCCGCUUGCAGCGGCAGUCUCUCCUCGGAGGAAUGAGCCGUUUACAAGGACCUUCAUCCCUUAAGAGGAAACGGCCAGAAGUGAAUUCUCCAGCUCAAUCUCUUAAUGAACAUGAGCGUCUCCUCUAUGAUGUGAUCCGAAGCAAACAAGAUAUUGGAAUCUGGACUAGAGACAUGAAAAAAGAAGCCAAGCUUCCGGAUAAUGUGGUAAAUAAGUCUCUCAAGGCUCUGCAGGUAAAAAAAUUGAUAAAAGAAGUGGUGAACAUCCAAAACAAGGGGAGGAAACAUUUCAUGGCAACAGAGUUUGAACCGUCAAAGGAAAUCAGUGGAGGGGCAUGGUAUCUUGAAGGGAGCCUUGAUACAGAGUUUAUUGAGUCACUGAAGCAGUUAUGUAAACGCCAAAUAGAAAGGAGUGGGGUUGCCACUUUGGAGGCAGUUACAGACUCGAUCAAUAGUUAUCCAGCCUUCAAUGUUGACGUGACAAAACAGCAAAUUGAAGAAAUCCUGAGGACUUUGAUUUUGGACAAUGUAAUCAUGGAGGUGAAGAGUAAUGGAAUGGGUGAGUUUGCUUCAAUUCCUUUUGGAGAGGUUUGCUAUAAAUACGUUAGCAAGGGAGGCCUUGGAGGGGAGCCAAAGGCAGGGGCAUUAGCGUCCAUCCCGUGUGGAGUUUGUCCACGGAUAAGUCAGUGUACACCUGAUGGCAUUAUCUCUCCUAAGACUUGUGUCUACUACCAGAAGUGGUUGGAUUUUUAAUUUCCAAGUGUACUUAAAAGAUUUCUCUUCAUUUUACAUUAUAGAUGUCGAAAAUGAACCAUAUUACCAGUUAUAUAUAGCAUAGUUGCAUUUUUAUUAUU